AUGCUGUCGGAAUUGCACAAUGACAAAGCUCCAAUAUGCAUCCCUUUUAUCCGCGAGCGCCUCGAGGCCCAUCAGUCCCGCGGGCCCUUGAUGAUUGGCCUCAACGGCAUGCAGGGAGUGGGCAAGACAACGCUCGUCACUGCGCUAGCCGCUGUGCUCGACGCGGCCGGCAUCCGCACCUUGACCUGCAGCAUAGACGAUUUCUAUCUGACGCACGAGGACCAAGCCGCCCUGGCUCGCGAGCACCCCGGCAAUGCGCUCAUGCAGCACCGCGGCGAGCCAGGAACCCAUGACAUUGCUCUCGCAGGAUCCGUCUUUGCCUCUUUGAUGCGCGGAGAGCCCACGAAAAUUCCCCAGUACGACAAGGGCGCCUUCAACGGUCAGGGAGACCGCCGGCCCGGGUCGGAGUGGAAGGCCGUCAAUGAGCCUGGACAGCCGCCCGUGCAAGUCGUCAUCCUCGAGGGCUGGCUGGUCGGAUUCCGACCCCUGAGCUUGGACGACGUCGAGCGGAGAUGGAGCGCCCCGAGCCGUACCCUGCACAAGCAUCGCCUGGAGUACUUGCUUCUCCUCAACCAACUCCUCAAGGACUACGACCCUCUGACGGACCUCUUUGACGCCUUCAUCCACAUUGACUCGGAAGAUGUCGAGUACGUCUACAGCUGGCGCCUGGAGCAGGAAGACAGCCUCCGAGCCCAGAGGCGAGAUCCGACUGCUGGCAUGACGCCGGACCAGGUCAUUAAGUUUGUCGAUGGCUACUUUCCCGGCUACGAGCUUUACACGGAUGGCUUGAGGAGAGGCAUCUUUGCAAACCGUCCCGGAUGCCAACUGCGCCUGGUGGUUGGUCGUGACAGAAGGGUGAAUCAAGUCGUUCGCAUUUAG